AGGCCAGGAAGCUCGAACAGAACCUUCGCUAUGGUGUCUUCCGGCAGGUUUAGAAAAUAUGCCUACAAACUCGUUCCUCUUUCUGAGGACAAUAAGGAAUACCCAAAGUGGAUGUUCUUCAAAUUCGACCUUGGGUGUUGGCUCAGGCUCAGCACACCCAGCCUAAUCGUGAUCUUCCUCCUCUUCCAGAUUGCGAUUCUUGUCAUCAAAGCGCGUGUUUUUAUACAGCUGGAAUUCCGCGUCGUCGGAGCUUGGGGUCGUGCUGUUUGAAAACGAAAGAUAAACUUGAAGGACUGCGCGACUGCAAUCAAGCCGCUGGACAGCGUCAACUGCAGUCUCAUCUUCAAUCCGAA